ACUCUCAGUUGGAAGUGUAUGAUGAUUCUUCAUAAUUUGUCUCUUGUUGCUCAAUAAAGACAGUUCUUUUUGGUGGGUUUUAGAAUAAAGAAAGAUUCGGGCAAAUCCAGUUCUUAUCGCGAAUAAAAAUAUUUUGUAUGAAUACAAAAAUUAAAUUUAUUCCGUCCCUACAACCAUCAUUUACAUUUUUUUUUUGGUUUGCAAAAGAAGAAAAAAUAUAUAUAGUAUAAAUAAUUAAUCGUUAUGCAAUUCAUUUAUGAUUGCAGCUAACAUCAGCUAAAAUCAACUCCAAAUAUGAAUUAAUCUAUUAAAUUUAUAAAAAGAGCAAAAUCAUACUUCAAUAUGAGUUAUCUUAGUGAUGCGACUUGUGAAAAUGUGAAUUGGAAAAGUUUUAUUUUGAAUCAAUGGGGCGAUAUUUGCAUCUAUAAAAAAAAUAUAUCUCUGGCAGAGCAUAGUUUCGUGUUGUUCAUUUGGUCUUUUUUCAAAAAUUUGUUAGAUGAAUUCUUUGAGUGUUUUUUUCCAUAUAUGUGCCGAAAAAGCACUCAGCUUUUUGAAGUGAUAUAUAAACUGUGUUGGAAUCUUUUUACUCGACUUUUUGAAGUGAUUUAUAAUCAGUGUUGGAAUCUCUUAAAUUGGAUAGUUUUAAUAGUUGAAGUUUUUCAAAGUAAUUUUUUGGUUCAGACUUCACUCAAAAUAUGUCUUAUACUUUUGGUUUUGUAUACUGUUUUAUGGUUACGGAAAAUUUUGAAAAGCAUUCUGAGCCGGAAAACGUUAGCGUCUGUUGUUUCAACAAAUACUUUGUCGGUCGUAGUUGUUUCUGUUAAAGAGCAAGUGAAUGAUAACUUAAGUGCCACGAAUAUUUUAGAAAACAAUUCAUCCGAUGAGAUACAACAUGAAACAUUAGAAUUGGAAGAGAAGAAACGUAAAAAGCCGACAAUAUCAAAAAGGCGGAAAUGUAAAUCUGCAGGACCAAUUCUUAUUUCAAGAAAGAGAAAGAAAUUUCAUAAACCUAUUGUUCCGGAAGUCGUCGCUGCGGAGGAAAACAUUUGUAUUAACAUAUCAGAGCCAAGAGGAACGUUGAGUACGACAGAUGAAAUUUUCCCAGAAUCCCCAGACUCCAGUCUUUACGGAUCCGACGAAGAACAAGAGGAUGCAUCACAGUACUGCCGUGGUGGGUAUCACCCCGUAGUUAUUGGCGAUGUUUUUGAUGGUCGAUUUAGAGUGGUCAGAAAACUAGGAUGGGGCCACUUCUCCACUGUGUGGCUUUGUCGGGAUAUUAAAGAAGAAAAAUACGUUGCUCUCAAAGUUGUUAAAAGUGCUCCUCAUUAUAUUGAGACAGCAGCUGAUGAAAUUCGACUUUUGGAGGCAAUUCGAGACGCGGAUCCAAGUGAUCCGAAGGGCGAUCGUAUUGUAAGACUUCUAAACCACUUUACAGUACGCGGAGUCAACGGAGUGCAUACAUGUUUAGUAUUUGAAGCACUUGGUUGUAGCUUAUACAAGCUUAUUGUAAAAAACAACUAUCAGGGGUUGGCAUUAUCACAAGUAAAAAACAUUAUUAGGCAAGUAUUAGAGGGACUCGACUAUUUGCAUGCGAAAUGCAGUAUCAUUCAUACUGAUAUUAAACCAGAAAACAUUUUGCUGGUCAUCGAUAAUGCGGCAGCGAUGAACCAACAAAUUGAUGAUGAAAUCAACAAUUUGAGGGUUAAAGGCAUUGAGUUUCCAGAUUCUUACAUUAGUUCCAUUGAAAAACAGACCAAAACUAGAGAAAAGUGGCCACUAAUUGACAACUCUCCAACAUCUAUCAUUUCAUCAUCUCAUAUUCAAAAGAACAGCGAAUUAGAGUGUGGGCUUCAUAAGGAAGAUUCAUCUACUUUAGACACAUCUUUAAUGUCAUCAAUUUCAAAAUUCUCUGGAGUGCUCGAUAAUGACCACAAUGACAGCUCGUUAGUUUCCUCGUUGGGGGCUACAGCACCAAUUAGUAGUCGCUAUCGCACUGAGAAGAAAAUCACUGCCAAGUCAGGUGAUGACAACGAUCGAAUUGAAUCUAAUGACUUAAUAGCACAAGAGGAGCAAAACGAUAUUGUAGCCGAAAAGGAACAACCUAACAAACAUCAAAUCGUUCUUCAGACGCAGUCAUACACCAAUUCUAUCCAGACUCUGAUCAACAACUCUAAUGUUCGUGUAAAGAUUGCAGAUUUAGGAAAUGCUUGUUAUGAUUAUCAUCACUUUACUGAAGACAUCCAGACGCGACAGUAUCGGUCUAUAGAAGUUCUUCUAGGAGCACCUUACAAUUUUAGUGCAGAUGUUUGGAGCACAGCAUGUUUGGCUUUUGAGUUAGCCACUGGCGACUAUCUAUUCGAUCCCCACGCGGGAGAAAAUUACUCACGCGAUGAGGACCACUUGGCACACAUUAUAGAACUAUUAGGCACAAUACCACCUUCUGUAAUAUUCAGAGGGAAGCAUGGCCUAAAGUACUUUACAAGUUAUGGUGGAUUGCGAAACAUAACAAAACUCAAACCCUGGAGUCUUCUAAAUGUUUUAAUCGAAAAAUACGACUGGGAUCCAAUAGAAGCGAAAAAAUUUGCCGACUUUUUAAUGCCAAUGUUGGAGUACAAUCCAAUAAUCCGAGCAUCGGCGUCAGAAUGUCUAAAACAUCCCUGGUUAGAGGAAUUUAUUUGAAGAUUUAUACAGAGACAGAGUGGAAAGAAAAAAAAUAUCUUUAGAAAAUAGUUUUUUUUUUUUCAUUUUCAAGUUUGAAUCAAAAACAACAAAACAUAAAAUAAACAUCUGACUGAAUCUAUUCACUAUUCUAUAAAUUUAUUUAAAUUUUUGCUAACUUUAGAAAUUUAAACAAUUGAACUGGCUCAUAGAUUAGUCUCUAAAGAAUAUGGUACAUUAUAUUCAAGUAAGAUCGAUCAUAUAUUGUAUUUAAAUGAACAUAAAUAAAUUAUAUUCGUACCUACAUACAUGUGCAUAUGUAUGUAUGUUUCGUAGACGAAUUUAUUUUUAUCAUAUGAAUAUCGGAAUAAAAUGAAUACAUAUUAUAUAAAAAGAAAAAUAAUUACAUAAUUCAGACAUCUUUAAAAGACAAAAACAAAAAAGAAAAAAAAAAAUUAAUCAGAAAUAUGUAAUAGUUAUUUGCUAAUUGGUUUGAUGGUUCAAUAUUUUUUACAAGGAAAUUUAGGAAUGUGAAUUUAGAAUA